CCGCUUCCCGCCUCGCAGGCCAGCGGAUAAUUGUGCGCAUGCGUCACAACGGCGCGUUCUAUAUAAGGCAGCAAGCCCGCAUGCGCACGGAUUGACGGUUGGAUUUUUUUUUUAACAGGCAAAGAUGUCGCGGUAUGGCCGUUAUGGCGGAGAAACCAAAGUGUAUGUUGGCAAUUUGGGCACUGGUGCUGGUAAAGGAGAGCUUGAGAGAGCUUUCAGCUAUUAUGGACCGUUACGUACAGUGUGGAUUGCGCGAAACCCUCCAGGAUUUGCAUUUGUUGAGUUUGAAGAUCCAAGAGAUGCUGAAGAUGCAGUUCGUGGUCUAGAUGGAAAGGUUAUCUGUGGCUCCAGGGUUAGAGUGGAACUCUCCACUGGUAUGCCCCGUCGGUCUCGUUAUGACAGACCUCCAGCACGGCGGCCAUUUGAUCCAAAUGAUAGAUGUUAUGAAUGUGGCGAGAAAGGUCAUUAUGCUUAUGACUGUCAUCGCUACAGUCGUCGCAGAAGAAGCAGGUCACGGUCUCGAUCUCAUUCAAGGUCUAGAGGAAGGAGAUAUUCUCGCUCACGUAGCCGAAGUCGUGGCAGAAGAUCCAGGUCUGUCUCAGCUCGCAGAUCUAGAUCACUUUCUCCUCGUAGAUCCAGGUCUGUUUCGCCACGCAGAUCUCGUUCAGGUUCUUUAAAGAGAUCAAGGUCUCGAUCUAGAUCCAGAUCAAGAUCUCGAUCCAUCUCACGGCCCAGAAGCAGCCGCUCUAAAUCGAGAUCACCAUCACUAAAGAGAAGUCUUGCUUUUCAGUUUUGAUAUGAGCCAUUUAUAUCCAUUCUCCAUUAACUCAGGUCGUUCACCAUCAGGAAGCCCUCGAAGGAGUGUGAGCCCUGAAAGAAUGGAUUAGAAUUACAAAGAACAUGUUAGGAAGAGUUUUGUUUACGUUAUUUUAAGGGAUUUCUUUGGUGUUUGACAAAUGUAUGGAUUUAGUUGAUCAAAAACCUUUCUAAGACUAACGCAGCAAAGAUCUUGAUCUUUUAAUAAAAGCUGCUGCAGUAGACUAGUGCACAAUUUCGAGUAUGUAAUAACAUCCUGUGAUCUGAAGAGUGGGUCUUUUUAUGGGCACAUUAAAUAAAAUGUGUAUUUCUAACUUUGCUGUAAUGCUAUUUGCCUCUGUUAAUAUUUCAAGUGCAUGUAAAAGCCACCAGUUACAAACAGCUGCUUUAGUGUUGUACCCAAAUACUGUGCAAGGAUGUUGGCUUACAAUCACUGGCUACCAUUAGCCUACAUCAAGUUUAAGUGUAAUUUAUUUUUAAUCUGGUGCUUCAGACAUCUUGGACUAAUGACUUCCAUGGGUGUGUAAUGGAAGUUGCUUGUCUGAAUACCAACUGUAUAUAAAAGGAUCUGAUUUGUUAACUUCUAAAAUCUCAUGUCACUGUGGGCAUAACCUGAUUACAUGGUAGAGAUGGCUGUCUUGGCUUCCCUUCUGGCAUUGUGAAACAGUUCAGGCCCUGGGCUCUUCCCAUUUCCUUGUUCCCUAGAACAUAAGUGAAGUAGAUUCCACAUCUAUUUGAAGGUGGAGUCUCCCUGACUUGGUUUCUAUCUCAGUCUUAGGUUCACUUAUUCAUUCUUUCUGAAUGGAAGAUAACUGCAACUUUGAGGCCUGCUCUCAUCUUUAACCUGUGACUGAAACUGCAUCUAAGCAGGUUCCUAGUAUAAAGAUAGUUGUGAAGGGAAAACAUGGUUGUAUGAAUCAAAAUGACAAAACUUCUCUGUAUGCUAUUGUAAGUACUUCUUACAGUUACCAAUGAUCUACCAAUACAUUGCACAAGGCCAAGUCCAGUCACCUCAUAACUUAACAUUAGCUGUAUAGUACACAAUAGAAAAUAUAUAGUACCUAUGCUUCAAGUAAAAAAGUUGAAAGCCAACUUCAAGCAUCAUGUUGUGCUUAACACUUGACUUCUCUGGAAUGCCCACUCCAGACAAUUCCAUACAGCUGCCUCCUAAAAUCCACUGGAAAAUGUAAUAAACCUAAGGUUAGGCCCAGAGUUAGAUAUCCUAUCUGCUGUCUACGUACGUGUGUGUGUCUGUAGAUGGAGUCGAGUGAACUGAAAGCAACUCUUUAGUAACCCCUUCAGCUAGAUAACUAACCAGUUUUUGCUUUAAACUGUCUUGACUUCUGGAUUUAUUUACAUAAGACUAAAUGAAUAUGUUUUGUUUCUGGUAAAUAAAAUUGUUUGCCAUUUUCUAAUCAA